CAUUGUACACCGGAACUAGACAAUUCGGACGUUGUUGUCGGUUCUGCGGAGAGCCCGAAAGGACUUAGUUAAGUGACAGAAAAUGGAUAGGUGAUAGUACGGAAAUUCCAUCAUUAUUUUUUAUAGUAAGAUGACCAGCCUUCCUCCCAUUGGCAUCCGGUUGCUUUCGUCGCUUGAUGGAACUCCAAAUUCAAGUCGAACAUUCAGGUAUAAGAUAUUCAUCCUGAUAUUCACAUUUCUGUGUUACACCAGCUAUCACCUAUCCAGAAAGCCCAUAAGUGUAGUCAAGAGUGUCCUCAACAGAAACUGCUCGCUGUCCAUCAGUGACCCCAGUGUGGUGGUCAACACCUCCUCCCAUGGAAACAACACUAAGUGGUGCGACUGGAAACCGUUCGAUCAGGACAAUGCGGGCUCCCUCCUGGGAAGUCUGGACCUGGCCUAUCUGUUCUCCUACGCUGUCGGAAUGUUUAUUAGUGGACAGGUGGCUGAGCGGGUCCAUCUUCGGUACUUCCUGUCUGCGGGGAUGAUCAGCAGUGGCAUCAUGACAAUCCUGUUUGGGAUGGGCUAUUUCUGGAAUAUCCACAAUAUCGCCUUCUUUAUUGGAAUCCAGGUUAUCGGAGGACUGGUACAGAGCAGUGGGUGGCCGUCUGUCGUCACCUGUGUGGGGAACUGGUACGGCAAAGGGAAACGAGGCCUGAUUAUGGGAAUCUGGAAUUCCCAUACAUCAGUAGGGAACAUCUUGGGAUCUCUUAUUGCUGGGAUCUUUGUGAACACUGCCUGGGGCUGGUCCUUUAUUGUUCCCGGAAUAAUCAUCGGUACACUAGGAAUCCUGGUAUUCUUCUUUAUGGUACCAAGUCCUGAAGAGGUUAAAUGUGAACUGCCGGAUCAGUUGCCAGCAACAAAGUAUACAGAUAGAGCCACAGAAAGUUCUGAUUUGAAGAAAACAACAUGUCACAUCCCCAUGGAGACCGUAAAUAAUAAUAAGGCCAUUGCCAUGGAGACCGUAAAUAAUAAUAAGACCAUUGAAUAUGGAGCAACAAACAGUCAGUCCUCCCAAACUUCACUCAUCUCAUUGGACAAGUCCAAAGAGAAACCUAUAUCAUUGUGGCGAGCUCUUUUCAUCCCAGGCGUGAUUGAGUUUUCCCUCUGCCUGUUCUUUGCCAAACUUGUUAGUUAUACAUUCCUGUUUUGGUUGCCAAAAUACAUUCACGAAAAAGCCAACUAUGACCCAGAGAAGGCAGCCGACAUUUCUACUCUGUUUGACGUUGGAGGGAUUUUCGGUGGUAUAUCCGCUGGACUACUCUCGGAUUUUACUGGUAUGAGGGCAACCACCUGUGUCAUCAUGCUUACUCUCUCAGCCCCUGUGUUGUAUAUCUAUAAUUUGUAUGGCAGCUUGAGCCUAGCCCACAGUAUAGGUCUCUCCAUGGUGUGUGGUUUCUUUGUGAAUGGCCCCUACGCUCUGAUCACUACGGCAGUCAGUGCAGAUUUGGGCACACACGAGGUCCUGAAGGGAAAUGCUAAGGCCUUAUCUACAGUCACUGCCAUUAUUGAUGGAACAGGAAGUAUAGGAGCAGCUGUGGGUCCUCUACUGGCUGGCGUGAUCGAGUCCUCAGGCUGGAACAACGUUUUCUACAUGCUGAUUGGUUCAGAUAUAAUGGCAUUAUUGCUUUUACUUCGACUUUUGUACAAAGAGAUCUCCUCAUCUCUGCGCAGGAGCUAACUAGACCCUGGCUGCCCUUCCUGUGGCCCCGUUUCUGGACCAUCUUGAUCUCACUUGGGGAAUCCCCCAUCAACCCCCUCCCUGUGAUACCAGAAAUUUUAUUCGUAUCUUAAAUCACCUUUUAAAAAUAUAUUUUUUAAAUUUUAAUAUUUUUUUAAUCUAAAGCACAAAAUACUUAGUUUUAAUUUGUCAGCAGACAACAAAUUGUUGAUUGAUUGUUUAAUUAAAGUUUUUUACUUGGGAUCUUUUAUAGAGAUGUAACUUUCUGUGUGUUGUACUUAAUUGCUCAAUUUUAAUUACUUGGUGUUUACACGAGAAGACAUUUUAUUCAACUCAAUUUCAAAGUAGUCUAAAUUUGAUAUCUUGAAGAUUAGUAUGUUAAAUACUAUAGAGAUUUUAAGGUCCUUGGCGCUAUUUCUAUGUAUAGAUAACCCAAUAUCUAGAAGCCUUUGAAACCUAGACAUUUUUCCUUGUUCUGAUGAAUUUGGGAUUCAAUUUUGUCUUAAACACUUCAUAUAUCAUGUCUAUUAUCGUCAAAAAUUAAAUUGAAAACCAUCUUUCAAUGGUUUGUUUGUACAUGUUAAUACUCAGUCUGUUAUAAUAGCCUUCCCUCUUUGGUUCAGUCACUUGGCCAGAAUUAUAACAUUAUCAUGUCAUGGGUAUUCAUCUCAUCAAGUAUUACUUGUUUGUUGUCAGACUUGAAAGUUUUAUUUGUUAUAGUGGGAUGCAUUAUGUUUGUUAACUUUAAUAUUUUAUCAAAUUAUUAUUAUCAAUUUUUUAGAUAGAUAUAAAGAAUAAGUGAUGAUUAUUGUUUAGGUUAAUCAAUGAUUAAAAAACUUACUGUUAAAUGAAGGCAUUGUUAGCUUGUUUAAGGAAAAAUAAAGUGCCCAUGCAGUGUGAAAAGUUGUUCAUAUGUACACAUGUAUAUAUAUUUUUUGUUUGAUAUUUUUCUUUUUGAUGAAUUUGGCAUUCACACUGUCCUGAUAAAAAUGUCAUAUGAAUAUUGCGUGUUCAGUUUCUAUUUUGCAAUUAUUGUGCCAUUAUUUCAACUGAACGUGAGACAAUCAACAUUAAUACUGAAGAAUGUUCGCCAGAGUUACUGCAUCAAAUCGAUGUCAAAGUUUACUUUUAUAAAAGAAAUAAAACAAAUGCAAUAAUUAA